CCUAACCCUAAAUUUUCUCUCGUUUUCCUCCUUCUCUCUUCGGUCACUGCUGCUUCCCGAGGUUAAGGAAAAUUUAAAAAAUAAUGCAGCUAAUUGGUUGAUGAAGCCUGGGAUGGAGUUCACCAGAGAUGGCGAAUACGAGAUCGGUGGCUGGGUGAAGUAGACACAAGACAUCGAUGGAGAAGGAAUUGGAAAAGGAAAGAUUGUUAGAUUUGGGACUUCAUUGCUGCUUUGGGACGACAACACAACAGCUAAACACAACUGCGUGGAAGAGGAGCUGAGCCCGUGCUCCGGACUCCACACUAGUACUCCGUACAAUUUUUGGGUUCAUCAUAAAUGUUUUGGCAGUUUCUGGUUUAGCUAAAUACCUCUUGUAGUAGGGUUUUGUGGGAAUUCCAAGUUUUUUUUUUGCAUAAAUGGCAGACUUGAGCUCGGUAGAUGUGAUACUGGAAUUUUUAAGAAGGAAUAAGUUUACUAGGGCUGAGGCUGCAUUGCGUAGUGAGCUGAGUAACCAUCCUGAUCUGAUUGGAGUUCUUCAGAAGCUUGCCCUCGAGGACAAGGAGUUGAACCCACCUUUGGAUGAAUCCAAUGGGUGGAGGACUGCAGGGGAGAGUAUGGGAAUGAAUUGUCACAAUAUUGGUGCAAUUGAUAAGGAGACAAGUUCGAAGAGCAGUCGAGAUAUCUCGAAGGAGCUUAUAAUCAAUGAGAUAGAUUGUGGGACUGGGAAAAAUGGGCCAGACUGCAAGUGGAAGAAUGUUGCUCAUGACGGGGAGCAAAGCAAAGCUAAUGAAUCAGUUGUGACGAGUGCAAAGAACCUCAGUUUCUGUAACAGUUCAAAGGAUACUGCGAUUGAACUGUACUCGCGAAAAUACAAUCCUAAUAAUAGUCCUUUUGUUUGUUAUCAGAGUGACAGUGGAAAUCUUGUUGCAAACUCCUUUUUGGGUUUUCCGGUUUCUGGAAAGGCAAUACCUAAUCUGAAUGAGGCACAUGAUAAUGGCAAGGCUUCUGAAAAAUCUGGGGAAGAUGGUUAUUUCUCUAAUGAGAUCACAUCAUGGUCUAGAAGUACUAGUAAAACAAAUCUCGAAACAAAGCAGGAGAAGAGUCAUCACAGUGAUCUCAAGGAAGUUGAUCAGUCGCAUAAAAAAACUGGGGGUCUUUCCAAAGAUGCAUUUGGUGAUAAUCCAUGGUCCAAAAGUGAUGAAUCUACAGAAUACUCAUCUGAGCCUUGGAAUGACUGCAUGGUGAAAACUGUUUUUCCUUUCUCAAAAACUGAUAUGUUGAAUUAUGAUCAUAAUAUUGUAAUUGGUGAUAAGAAAGAAGGGAAAAGAAAACUAGAGAUAACUGAUAUUAAGACAGAUAUCAAAGAACAAGGGGAUGAUGAUGGAAGAGCUUCAUAUUUUGGGAGGGCACAACGAAAUGAGCCAAAGGAUCUCAGUGGCUUUGACUUCCCCCUUGCAUCUGAGAACCAAAAGGAAGAGCUACCCAGGUUACCCCCUGUUAGACUCAAAUCAGAGGAGAAGCCGUUUAAUAUCCAUUGGGUGGAAAAGUUUGAACGAGAUGAAAUCGACACAAAAAUUGCAAAUUCAGAUAAAUCCUAUCUAAUAGGGUCAUUUUUGGAUGUUCCUGUAGGACAAGAAAUUAGCCACUUGGGAAAAAGACCCAUGGGUGGUAGCUGGCUGUCUGUGAGUCAGGGUAUUGCUGAGGACACUUCUGAUCUUGUUUCUGGUUUUGCAACUAUUGGUGAUGGAAUUAGUGACUCAGUUGACUAUCCAAAUGAAUAUUGGGACUCUGAUGAAUAUGAUGAUGAGGAUGAUGUAGGCUACACUAGACAACCUAUUGAAGAUGAGAACUGGUUUUUAGCUCAUGAAAUUGAUUACCCAAGUGAUAAUGAGAAGGGAACAGGACAUGGGAGUAUUCCUGACCCUCAAAGAAGUCAAAACAGAGAAGAAGAUGAGCAAUCUUUUGUAGAGGAAGAUUCCUACUUCUCAGGUGAGCGGUAUAUCCAAUCAAAAGAUGUUGACCGAGUUAGACCAUCAGAUGAUCCCACAGAUCUGUCAGUGGCUGAAAUAUACAGGAGGCCUGAUGACUUGAUUGCUCAAUACGAUGGACAGUUGAUGGAUGAUGAUGAACUAAAUUUGAUCCGUGCAGAGCCUGUGUGGCAAGGCUUUGUCACAAAGACAAAUGACAUUGUCAUGCUAGGGGAUGGAGAAGUCCUAAAUGAAGGUGGGAGGGCUCGCUUAGAUGACAUAUGCAUGGAUGAUGAUCAACAUGGGUCAGUUAGAUCCAUUGGUGUGGGAAUAAACAGUGAUGUUGCUGAUAUUGGUAGUGAAGUGCGUGAGAGUCUGAUCGGAGGGAGUAUUGAUGGGGACAUAGAGUACUUCUGUGAUAAUGAUAUUGGUAUUGGUGGGUCCAGGCUCAUACUGCAUGAUUCAGAAAAGAGUUUUUCUGAGAGAUCAACUAGAGAUAAAAAAGCAGCUAAGCCUAGUUCUGAUAAGUUUAUAACAGGUGUUGACAGAACAAAGAGUCACCCAGAUGGGGGAUUCUCAUUUCCCCCUCCUAGAAAAGGACAGUUGGUUCAGACCAUCUCUGAUAAAUCUUUGUUAUCAAAGGAAGGAAAUGCUAUUUCUGCUGAUGAUUGUUUGGUUGAAAAUGAUGACAUGCUUGUUCCAUGGAGGCGCAAAAGUACUGAUUCAUCACCUGUCAAGAGCUCAAAAUGUGAAAAUAAUGCUACUGGGUCGGCAAACUCUAGCCCUUCUUCUUUUUCAAAUUAUGGUUAUCCUGAACGAGAGCAUGUGAAGAAAGAACAUGAUAUGCAAGUAAUUGCAAGAGAAGAGGAUCUGGGGACAUCAUUGGAGGACGAAGAAGCAGCUGCAGUGCAGGAGCAAGUGAAGCAGAUUAAGGCACAGGAGGAAGAAUUUGAAACCUUUGAUCUAAAAAUUGUGCACAGGAAAAACAGAACUGGGUUUGAGGAGGACAAAAAUUUUCAUGUUGUUCUAAACUCUGUCAUAGCUGGGCGGUAUCAUGUUACCGAGUACCUAGGAUCUGCUGCUUUCAGCAAAGCUAUCCAAGCUCACGACCUUCAUACUGGCAUGGAUGUUUGUGUGAAGAUUAUAAAGAACAACAAAGAUUUCUUUGAUCAGAGCCUUGAUGAGAUAAAGCUUCUCAAGUUUGUCAACAAACAUGAUCCUGCUGAUAAGUACCAUAUACUUCGGUUGUAUGAUUACUUCUAUUAUAGAGAACAUCUGUUGAUUGUAUGUGAGCUACUGAAAGCAAAUUUGUAUGAGUUCCAUAAAUUUAAUAGAGAAUCUGGAGGGGAAGUCUACUUUACAAUGCCAAGACUGCAGUCAAUCACAAUUCAGUGUUUGGAGGCACUUCAAUUCUUGCAUAGCCUUGGGCUUAUACACUGUGAUUUGAAACCUGAGAAUAUUUUGGUCAAAAGCUACAGUAGAUGUGAAGUGAAGGUCAUUGACCUUGGAAGCAGUUGUUUUGAAACAGACCAUCUCUGUUCAUAUGUUCAAUCUCGAUCAUAUCGUGCACCUGAAGUGAUUUUGGGACUUCCAUAUGAUAAAAAGAUUGAUAUCUGGUCACUCGGAUGCAUAUUGGCAGAACUUUGUACUGGCAACGUCCUUUUCCAGAAUGAUUCUCCCGCAACAUUACUUGCUCGAGUGGUUGGUAUUAUAUCUCCAAUUAACCAAGAGAUGCUGGCCAAAGGAAAAGAUACAUACAAAUAUUUCACCAAAAAUCACAUGCUUUAUGAACGGAAUCAGGAAUCCAACAGACUGGAAUACUUAAUUCCAAAAAAGUCAUCCUUAAGACAUCGGUUACCAAUGGGGGAUCAAGGCUUCAUUGACUUUUUGAGUCAUUUGUUAGAGAUCAAUCCAAAGAAGCGUCCCUCUGCUUCAGAGGCUCUAAAGCACCCGUGGCUUUCAUAUCCUUAUGAACCAAUCUCAUCUUAAGACACACAAGAUUCUUCAGGACAGUCGGGAUCCUGCGGUGACAACGAGGAAGGGAUGCCUUCCAAGUUUGUGUAUAAUGCCUUCCACGUCACUCAUGUCUGUGUUUUAUUAGGACGAUAAAUGGAGAAUGUAAUAUUGGAUCCAUUUGUAACACUAGGGUUCUGGGUCUUGGGCGUUGUAUUUGUACAUGAUGCGUGUUGAAUGUAUAAUGUGUUAGUCCGAGAGAUGAGAGUGGGUGUUCUGUUCUGUUCUGUUCAGUUCAGUUCAUUCUUUUAGGUAAUGUUAGUGUUAGCAGCAUAUCCAAUUUUUGAUUGGUUUAUAACUAAUCUACCCAACUGUAUCAUUAUAUGUAUCAGUAUCAUUAUUCAUCUUUCAUCUUUCCCAGGAUUGGUUUUAAUGCAUAUUCCAGACCUA